GAUUCCUUGAUCUAAAUAUCCCGUGGGCGAAAGCAAUUCUCAAUAUUUCCUUCCUAGGGUUUACUGAGGUUAGGAACGAUGGAUCUAGAGGGUCUACCCAUGCUUUGCGAAGGAGGAGUUGCCGAUAACACCACCGUUGAAGAGGUAAAAUUUGCCGAUAGUGAGGGGGUUAAAGUUGCCGAUAAGCCCAUCGGUGGAGACGUUGAGGAGGGCUGCGACGGUGAAGACUUUGAGGAGGGCUCCGACGGCGGAGACGUUGAGGAGGGCUCCGACGGUGAAGAGGGCUCCGACGGUGAAGAGGAUAGCUCUGACAGUGAGAAUACUACGAAACGUAUCCUUCUCAGGAACAAAGAUGAACCUUACGGCUAUGAUGACCCUGACUAUGAGGGCAACCAGAGGGAUGUCUAUAUUAAUUACAGACGACAGUAUAAGGAAAGCGAUGGUUUUGAUUUUGAUGACUAUCCAAAGUCAGGUGACGGAGAAUUUUUUCUGGGUGUUGCUUUUCAUGUGGAUCUUGAAGAUGAUGAUGAUGAAUUUACUAUAGGCUGCAAAGAGGCCCUUGCCUAUGCUAUCGAGGAACAGAAUAAAAAGGGUGCAAAUCUGAUACUCCUUGAUAUUAUCAAGGCAAAUCGCGAAUCAGUUGCUUUGUAUCACAUAACUUUCAAAGCUGAAGAUGUUUCUCUUGGAGAAGUGAAAGUUUAUCAAACUAGAGUCUUCCAUAGUUUAGUUCCUGGUCACAAGGAGACUGUAGUACAUAUUUUCAGGCUAAAAGAACCAACAAACAAAGGUUUCAAAGAUGAGAAGAGUGUUGAUCAAGCUUUGAAUGCCUAGUAUCUCAAUGGUGGUGAAUCAAUAGUUCUAUUGCCCUAAGCAAAUUAUGCAAUUGGUGACUUGGAGAAACCUGAGCAAGUAAUUGGUUAUGAGCCGUUAAGGCUUGCAGUUAUGAUAGGCUUUAGAUAUGACAUUAAAACGGUUUGUCUUAUUUGUUACUAGGUUGGAGAGAACUAAUGAAAUAUAAAUGCAAGCCUAAUCUUUGUUUAAUUGGUCAA